AUGGAUAAACCAACUUGGUGGCCCGGAGAAGAACACGCAGCCUUCACCGAAUGGGCUCUUGCCCAGGGCGUCAUCGCCAAUGGCGUCACACCAGCCCGAUUCCCAGGCCGCGGGUUGGGAAUGAUAGCCACCCGGAAAAUCAAAAAAGGAGAACCGGUGGUACAAGUCCCAACAAGUGUCAUUUUGACAGUGGACACCCUCCCAACCUCAUUCAGGGACCAAUUCCUCGAAGGCACGCCCGUGCAGGCCAUCAUGGCCGCCUACCUCACGCACGGCAGCGAGCAAGAACUCUCCAAAUACGACCUAUGGCGCAAAGCCUGGCCCACACGCCAGGACUUCGAAGACAGUUUGCCGAUGUUGUGGCCCGCUGCUCUGGGCGGACUGACCUGGCCAGAUAGUGAUCCUGCAACGGGCACCCGGCCAAACUUCCUCCCACCCUGCAUUUCAGGGCAGUGGAACUCCAUCCAGAAAGACCCAAGCACGAAAAAGUACGAGACCGAGCACCAGAACCUCCUCGCUGGUCAGGAACAGCGGCUCGGAAAGGCGUGGGCGGAUGUUACGGCUGUCCUGCCGGAGACGGAUUGGCGGUCUUUCUCGUACCACUGGCUUAUUCUCAAUACGAGGAGUUUCUACUGGGUUGCGCCAGAUCAGGAGCCGCCGGAGGAUCGAAAUGAUGCGAUGGCGUUGUUGCCUUUUGCGGAUUAUUUUAAUCAUUCUGAUGUUGAGUGCGAUGUCAAGUUUGAUGCGGAUGAGUAUACUCUCCGGGCUACGGAGAAUUAUGAAAAGGGCGAUGAAGUCUAUAUGAGUUACGGGAGUCAUCCGAAUGAUUUUCUGUUGGCCGAGUAUGGAUUCUUCCUCGAGCAGAACGAGUCAGACUGCGUCUACCUCGACGAUAUCAUCUUCCGAGACAUCACCAGCCCCGACAAACGAGAAGAACUAUCCCUGAACCAAUAUUACGGUAACUAUCAAGUCACCUCUCAGGGUGUCUGCUAUCGCACCGAGGUAGCAGCGUGUUUAAAAUACAUGAAAGAAGAGGACUGGCGGAACCACGUCCUCGAAGGCUCCACCGAAGGUGUGGAUGAAAAGUUGUCCGGAGACAUUAUCAAGGAUUGGCUUCGGGCGUAUUGCAUAGAGGCGGAAGCCGCCGUGGAUGCAUUGCGGGCGGCAAUGGAGUCUGAUGCUGUCGUGCAGGCUCAUCGCCAAAAGAGCGAGACGCUCUUGCGGCGGUGGGCACAGAUCAAGGAGGUCUGUGAGAGUGCAUCUAGGGCGAUUGAUCUGUAG